AUGCAACAUCAAAAGCACAGCAGACAGAGGGACUCAGAGGCAGAUAAGAAUGGACACUAUCUCAUGACUCCAGGCAUGAAAGUUUAUAUCGAUCCAUUUACAUAUGAGGACCCGAAUGAAGCAGUGCGAGAGUUUGCUAAAGAGAUUGACGUUUCCUUUGUGAAGAUUGAGGAGGUGAUUGGAGCAGGGGAGUUUGGUGAGGUGUGUCGAGGCCGUCUGCGUAUUCCUGGUAAGAAGGAGAACUACGUGGCCAUCAAAACCCUAAAGGGCGGUUAUACAGAUAAACAGCGCCGGGACUUCCUCUCUGAGGCGUCAAUCAUGGGCCAGUUCCACCAUCCCAACAUAAUCCACCUGGAGGGAGUGAUUACCACUUCCUGUCCCUCCAUGAUCAUCACUGAGUACAUGGAGAAUGGAGCACUCGACUCAUUCCUCAGGAUGAACGAAGCUCAGUUCACCCCCCUGCAGUGUGUUGGUAUGCUCCGUGGUAUAGCCAGUGGGAUGAAGUACCUGAGUGAGAUGGGCUUCGUCCACCGAGACCUCGCCGCUCGGAACAUCCUCGUUAACAGCAACCUGGUGUGUAAAGUGUCUGAUUUCGGUCUGUCCAGGUUCCUCACGGAAAGCUCCUCAGAUCCAACAUACACCAGCUCUCUGGGUGGAAAGAUUCCGAUUCGCUGGACAGCUCCUGAGGCCAUCGCCUUCCGUAAAUUCACCUCCGCCUCCGAUGUCUGGAGUUACGGCAUCGUCAUGUGGGAGGUGAUGUCAUUUGGAGAGCGGCCAUAUUGGGACAUGAGUAACCAGGAUGUGAUCAAUGCUAUAGAACAAGAUUACCGUUUGCCCCGCCCCCCUAAUUGCCCCACCCCCCUGCAUCAGCUGAUGUUGGAUUGUUGGCAGAGGGAUCGUGCUUCUCGCCCCCGAUUCUGUGACCUGGUGAACUCUCUGGACAAGCUCAUCCGAAACCCCACCUCCCUCAAACACACCUCUCAUUCACAAGAAGGGUUGUUGCUGGACCAGCGUCCCUCUCUGUCUCAGUGUGUGUCUGUCAGCGAGUGGCUGAAGGGCAUCAAAAUGGAACGAUAUGAGGAGAACUUCAUUCAGGCCGGGUUCACCACGUUAGAGCUCAUCUCUCAGAUCAGCACUGAGGACCUGUUGCGUAUCGGUGUCACCCUGGCUGGUCAUCAGAAGAAGAUUCUCUCCAGCAUCCAGACCUUGAGAGUCCAAACCAAAAACUCACUGAGAUACUGAACACAAACUCAAUGGAAAAGUUUCCUUCCCAUGAUCCUUUGCACUUUGAGACCACUACACAUGGCAGCCAAUCACAAUGUCUUCACAAGGAAUGCCAUCAUCAGUCACAUCUCACCAUGGUUGUAGAUGUCUCUCCAUCUGUCCUCCCACUGAGCACGACAGCACACACAUUUCAGCAUCCAUCCAGAGCUCCACCUUUGUUCCAAAGUGAAGUGAAUCUUACCGUCAUGCACCUGAAGCCCAGUGAACACGACAGCCAAUCAGAAUACAGUGCGGUUGUGACAUCACACUGAAACGUUUCAAUCUGCCUGGAUAAUCCUCCACUUUGGACUCACCUGAUCCCUUCUCAUCAUUCCUUACACUUCCUGUUUAAGGGGACACUCAGACAAAGUGUCUCGGUUAAGGACGACAUCACGAUGUUAAGUGUGGGCGUGUUUAUGACAUCACAGUGCCUAGCAGACCAUCACUGUGUACGCUAAUGUUAGCCUGAUUGGCUAAUUCUGUGCCUGAGUUUUGCAAAGUUACAUUUGAUAAAAGAUUUAGUUUUACAAUUGAUGUUGUGGUUGCCUUGACAGCAGUUGCCAUAGUAAUUUUGUCGCUAUGGACACCAUCAUGACGUCACAGCUCUUUUGCCGUUCCCUGAUGGUUUGGACCAAUCAGGAUGCAGGCAGGAGGACGCAUUGCAUUGUGGGAGAUUAAAACAGGAAUCUUCAUAUUGAAGGACUGUUAUAUUUGCAGAUGAUUAUUUUGUAUUACAUUUUUUUGUAUGAAAUAAAUGAUAAAAUAUAAAAAGG